CUAAACCAUCUUCUCCCGCAGACUAACCCGAGAAAAAGGAAAUAAAUAAAAAAAACCGUUAUCAGUCGGAUCUGGCGGCUCGGAAAUGGCGGUUUGCGUGGAGAGAAGCGUAUGGGACAGUGUUUUGGAGCUGACGAAGGUGGCUCAGCAAAAGGGCAGCGACCCUUUGGUGUGGGCAAUCCAGUUGUCGUCCAACUUGAACUCCAUGGGCGUCUCUUUGCCUUCCGUGGAGGUCGCCAAUGCAUUGGUCUCCUACAUUUGCUGGGAAAACAACGUCCCCAUCGUCUGGAAGUUUCUAGAAAAGGCAUUGGUCUUCAAGAUCGUCCCUCCUUUGCUCGUCCUUGCUUUGCUCUCUAGCAGGGUCAUUCCUAAUAGAUGUUCUCAGCCAGUAGCAUAUAGACUUUAUAUGGAACUUCUCAAGCGACGUGUUUUCACCCUUAAAUCUCAGAUGAACGGGCCAAAUUUUGAAACGGUUACGAAAUCAAUAGAUGGUGUUCUUCAUCUUUCCAAUAUAUUUGGCCUGCCAGCAAGUGAGCCUGGGGUUUUUGUGGUUGAGUUUAUCUUUUCUAUGGCGUGGCAGUUGCUUGAUGCAUCAUUAGAUGAUGAAGGGUUGCUUAACCUUACUCUUGAGCAGAAUUCAAAAUGGGUAACUAAACCGCAAGACGUGGAAAUAGAUGGUCAUGGUGGUUAUGGUGAGAAGUGGAGUGAACAUAAUGAGUUAUUGAAGAAUGCAAACACUGUCAUGGCCAUCGAGAUUAUUGGAGAAAUGCUACAAAAUAUAGUGACAUCAAGAAUUCUGUUUUUGGCUCGUCGACAUAUGCAAACACAUUGGACGAGUUUCAUUGGGAGAUUACAGCUACUUGCAGCAAGUUCAUCCUCGUUGAGAAACUCGAAAACUCUGUCACCGGAGUCUCUUCUCCAAUUGACCUCAGACACUCGCAUUGUCUUGUCUCGCGAAUGCAAAACAAGUUCAUUGCAGAAGUUCCAUGCUGUUAUGGCUUUUGGAUCUCUGGCUUCUUCUGCUGGUCUCUGCCAUGGGGCUAGCCGUUCUGCUCUAUGGCUUCCUCUUGACCUUGUAUUAGAAGAUGCCAUGGAUGGAUAUCAAGUUGAGGCAACAAGUGCCAUAGAAAGAAUUUCUGGCUUGAUUAAGACCCUCCAAGCAAUAAAUGGAACAACCUGGCAUGACACGUUUUUAGGUCUUUGGAUUGCAGCUCUUCGUCUAAUUCAAAGGGAAAGGGACCCCAUGGAGGGCCCCGUGCCUCACCUCGAUACUCGCUUAUGCAUGCUAUUGUGCAUCACAACUCUUGUGGUUGCUGACCUAAUUGAGGAGGAAAGUGCUCUACUUAAUGAAACAGAAUGUGGCUCCACCAAUCACUGGAAAGAAAAGGAGGUUCCGGGAAAGCGCCGGAACGAUUUAGUCUCCAGCCUGCAGAUGUUGGGUGAUUAUCGGGGACUGCUGGAGCCUCCUCAAUCUGUUGUUUCCGUGGCCAAUCAAGCUGCUGCAAAAGCAAUGUUGUUUAUUUCAGGCAUUGGUGUUGGGAAUGCAUACUUUGAGUGCCUCAGUGUGGAAGACAUGCCAAUCAACUGUUCUGGUAACAUGCGUCAUUUGAUAGUUGAGGCUUGUAUUGCUAGAAAUCUGCUGGACACAUCUGCAUAUUUCUGGCCGGGCUACGUGAAUGGACGUAUCAGCCAAAUACCUCAAGGGGUGCCGGCUCAAUUUCCCGGUUGGUCAUCAUUUCUGAAUGGAGCUGCACUUGCACCACUAAUGAUAAGUGCUUUGGCUUCAAGCCCUGCUUCAAGCUUAGCAGAGCUCGAGAAAGUAUUUGAGAUAGCAAUCAAGGGAUCGGAUGAUGAGAGGAUAUCUGCUGCUACAAUUCUCUGUGGAGCCUCGCUGAUUCAGGGGUGGAAUAUACAGGAACAUACGGCUCAUUUUAUAAUCAGAUUAUUGUCUCCUCCAGUUCCUGCCGAUUGUUCUGGGGCUGACAGCCAUUUAAUUGGUUAUGCUCCAAUGCUGAAUGUGCUCAUUGUUGGAAUAGCAUCGGUUGACUGCGUUCAAAUUUUUUCUCUACUUGGCUUGGUUCCACAACUUGCUUGUUCACUAAUGCCGAUAUGCGAGGUGUUUGGUUCAUGUGUUCCUAAUACCUCUUGGACUCUUACAACAGGAGAAGAAAUCUCAGCCCACGCAGUGUUUUCCAAUGCAUUUAUUGUUCUUUUGAAGCUAUGGAGGUUCAAUCAUCCUCCUCUUGAGCAUGGAGUGGGAGAUGUACCCACAGUUGGAUCCCAACUUACUCCCGAGUACCUCCUAUCCGUGCGUAAUUCUCUUCUAGUAUCUUCUGGAAAUACCUUCAAGGACAGAAACAAAAGGAGACUUUCUGCUGUUGCUAGUUCAUCGUCUCCUCAAGCUGUGUUUGUAGAUUCAUUUCCAAAAUUAAAAGCCUGGUAUAGGCAGCACCAAGCCUGUAUAGCAUCAACCCUCUCUGGUCUUGUUCAUGGAACCCCAGUUCAUCAGAUUGUUGACGGACUUCUUAACAUGAUGUUCAGAAAGAUUAAUAGAGGAAGCCAGUCUUUAACUUCUGCUACUUCUGGGAGUAGUAGUUCUUCUGGACCUGGAACUGAAGAUAACUCACUGAGACCUAAAUUGCCUGCUUGGGAUAUUUUGGAAGCUGUCCCUUUUGUUGUUGACGCUGCUCUAACAGCAUGUGCUCAUGGAACUCUUUCACCUCGCGAGCUGGCUACAGGGCUUAAAGAUUUAGCUGAUUUUCUUCCCGCAUCUUUGGCGGGCAUCGUCAGCUACUUCUCUGCUGAAGUCACUCGUGGAAUUUGGAAACCAGCUUUUAUGAAUGGAACAGAUUGGCCAAGCCCUGCUGCAAAUUUGUCCAACGUUGAGCAGCAAAUAAAAAAGAUCCUAGCUGCUACUGGUGUUGAUGUCCCUAGCCUUGCUGCAGGGGGAACCUCUCCUGCUACACUUCCACUUCCCCUGGCUGCCUUUGUAAGCCUAACAAUAACCUAUAAGAUUGACAAAGCCUCAGAGCGUUUUCUAAAUUUGGCUGGCCCCACCUUGGAGAUCCUUGCAGCUGGCUGCCCCUGGCCUUGCAUGCCAAUUGUGGCGUCCCUAUGGACCCAAAAGGCUAAACGAUGGAGCGACUUCCUAAUAUUUUCUGCAUCUCGCACCGUCUUCCUCCACAACAGUGAUGCAGUGGUUCAGCUUCUUAAAAGCUGCUUCGCUGCCACACUCGGCCUGAAUGCCACUCCGGUCUCGAGCAAUGGAGGUGUUGGAACCCUUCUUGGCCAUGGAUUUGGAACACAUUUCUGCGGUGGAAUGUCCCCUGUGGCCCCUGGGAUUCUUUAUCUACGUGUCUACAGAUCAAUGAGAGACAUAGUGUUCAUGACGGAAAAAAUUGUCGCUGUCCUGAUGCAUUCCGUGAGAGAGAUAGCAUCUAGUGGUCUUCCCAGAGAGAGGUCAGAGAAGUUGAAGAAAACCAAGAAUGGAGUUAGAUAUGGACAGGUUUCACUUGCUGCGGCAAUGACUAGGGUGAAACUAGCGGCGUCACUCGGUGCUUCGUUAGUAUGGCUUACAGGAGGCUUAGUUCUGGUUCAGUCAUUGAUCAAAGAAACUUUGCCUUCUUGGUUUAUAUCCAAUCACAGGUCGGAGAACGAACAAGGGUCAGAAGGGAUGGUGGCAAUGCUUGGGGGUUAUGCUCUUGCAUACUUCACAGUGCUCUGUGGAGCAUUUGCAUGGGGUGUUGACUCAUUAUCAGCAGCGUCGAAACGACGUCCUAAAGUCCUAGGGACCCACUUGGAGUUUUUGGCGAGUGCACUCGAUGGGAAGAUAUCACUCGGCUGUGAUGACGCCAUGUGGCGUGCUUAUGUCUCGGGCUUUGUGAGCCUAAUGGUGGGUUGCACACCGAAUUGGGUGCUUGAGGUAGAUGUGGAUGUGUUGAAGAGACUGAGUAAUGGACUAAAGCAGUGGAAUGAAGUAGAACUUGCUCUGGCUUUGUUGGGGGUUGGUGCGAUGGGUGCGGCUGCUGAACUAAUAGUUGAAAAUGAGAAUUAAUCUUGUGUAAAUUCUUUUUACCCUUUCUUUUUGAAUUUUUGGUUCGCGGGGGUAAUGUAGAAAUCUAGUUAUAAUUAGGUUGUUAAAUAGAGAAUUUUUGGUAAAAUUUUGUAAUGAAGGCUGCCUUGCUCAUGAUUGCGGGCCAUUUUUUGUCUCCCUUUCGGAAUGCAAUAUCAUAAUCUGUCACUAAGCAAGCAUGGUUCCUUGCAAGCCUCUUAAAUAUAGACA